UUUUUUUUUAGAUUGAUACCAUUUUCCUCAUUCCACCCAUCAUCACCACAAUAUGACUCCUAGACUAUUGUCAAGGGAAAAGUCAAAGGAAAAGAGUGUUUUCCCAACUGCCUCUACCGAACGAAGAACUAUUUAUGUUAAUAUGGAUAUUCCACCUGAUGAAUUGGACGAUUAUGGUCAACCUACACGUAGUUUUAUUGGCAAUAAAAUUCGAACAGCAAAAUAUACCUGGUAUACCUUUUUACCUAAAAAUUUAUUUGAACAAUUUCGUGGUAUCGCCAAUUUAUACUUUCUCUUCUUGGUCAUCUUACAAAUGUUUCCUUUAUUCAGUACUUCAGCAUCUCCUAUUCUUGUCAUAUUACCUUUGGCAGCUAUUCUUGUUUUGACUGGUGCAAAAGACGCUGUGGAAGAUAACAAACGCCACAAGACUGAUCAAGAUUACGAUAUUCAAUCUCUUCAUCGUGUUAACACCAACCACUCUAUUAUCUCUACAACAUCUACUUUACAACCUCCUACUUCUCCCAUUUCUUCAAUACGACAAACCAUUCGAUCCAGUACCACUUCUUUCACACGUGUCUUUCAACGAAAUCAACCUUAUCGCCCAGGCCUAGUACCACACUCUGUAUUACACCGUAAAAAGAAGAAACACAAUAAAAAGAAUGCUUCACCUCCUGUAAAACGAAAAAGACGGGAAAUGGAUAAACGAUGGAAACGCACAUUAUGGCAAGAUUUACAAGUAGGUGAUUUUGUCUUUUUACGAAAUGAUGAUCCGGUGCCUGCAGAUAUGGUGAUUCUAUCUACUUCGGAACCCGAUGGUUUAUGCUAUGUGGAAACUCAGAAUUUGGAUGGUGAAACCAAUCUCAAGAUCAAACGUGGAUUACAAGCUACUAGUGAUAUCAACAGACCUGAAGAUUGUGAAAAUUCAAGUUUUUAUAUUGAAAGUGAAGCUCCUCAUGCCAAUCUUUAUUCUUACAAUGGUGUUUUGAAAUGGAAGGUAUCAAUGAUGGAUCAAAUUCAAGAAGAAGAUGAAGAUGAUGACUAUGAAACAUCUGUACAAGGCAACACCUCCCAAUUUGAUACUAUUGACGACAACGUUGAUGGAUUAAAAAUUCAAGAAAAAACUUUAGUUCCACCAACUGAAAAUGAUGUCUCUCAUGAAAAAACUGAAGCAAUCACCGGUAGUAGUGUACUCUUACGAGGUUGCGUCUUACGAAAUACUGAUUGGGUUAUUGGUAUGGUCUUAUUUACUGGAAACGAAACCAAAAUUAUGUUGAAUUCUGGGAAAACGCCAAGUAAACGAAGUAAAAUGGAAAAGGCAACCAAUCCUCAUGUCAUCGCCAACUUUGUCUUAUUAUUUGUACUAUGUUUGAUAUGCUCUAUUGCUGCCACUGUUGUAUAUUCAAGUCAUACAUCAUCAGCCUAUUUUGAACAUCCUGAUGCAGAAAGUGCUACCAUGGAAGGCUUCCUCAUGUUUUGGACUACACUCGUGAUUUAUCAAAAUAUCAUUCCCAUCUCAUUAUAUAUAUCGGUUCAAAUUGUCAAAACUGCAGCAGCUUAUUUUAUUCACACUGAUAUUGAUAUGUACAAUGAACGCUUGGAUCAACCUUGUAUUCCUAAAACUUGGAAUAUAUCUGACGAUCUUGGCCAAAUUGAAUACAUCUUUUCUGACAAAACUGGAACACUAACUCAAAAUAUUAUGGAAUUCCGACGCUGUACUAUUAAUGGUGUUACCUAUGGACUUGGCGAAACGGAAGCUUCUCUGGGAGCCAAAUUACGUGAAGAUGACAGUAACAAUAUCAAUGGUGACGAAGAAAUAGCAGGCAAUACAAUGAAUGAAGAAACGACUCGUAUCUCUGAUGGAUUGGAUUUGGAAAAAGCAAGAAGGGAAAUGUUACGAAAACAAGCUGCAUUGUUUGAACAUCACUAUGUUAAUCCCAAGUCCUCUUUUGUCGAUCCCAAACUUUAUGAUGAUCUUGCCAACAAUGAUAUUCAAUCUCAAUCACUGGUUCAUUUCUUUUCUGCACUGGCGUUUUGCCAUACUGUUAUUGCUGAAAUACCUGAUCCUGAUAAACCACAUGAUAUUUUAUACAAGGCACAAUCUCCUGAUGAAGCAGCAUUAGUGGCAACAGCAAGAGAUGUUGGAUUUACUUUUGUAACGCGUGAACAAGAUACAAUGAUCAUGGAUGCUAUGGGUGAACGACGUGAAAUGACACUUUUACAUGUAUUGGAAUUCAACUCGACUCGAAAACGCAUGAGUGUGAUUAUGCGUGGUGGUGAUGGAAGGGUAGUAUUAAUAUGUAAAGGAGCAGAUUCGGUGAUCUAUGAACGUUUGGAUACAAACAAUGUGACAACUGAACAACAACAUAUUCGUGAUGAUACCCUCAAGGAUUUGGCGACAUUUGCAAACGAAGGACUACGAACAUUGUGUAUUGCCAGUCGAGUGUUGGAUGAAAACGUAUAUCAAGAUUGGGCCAAACGGUACAAGGAAGCUUCCAAUAGUAUUCACAACCGUGAUGAACAAAUGGAAAGUGUAUGUGAAGAUAUUGAACAACAAUUAACUCUUAUUGGUGGGACAGCUAUUGAAGAUAAAUUACAAGAAGGUGUACCUGAUACCAUUGCUGUAUUAGCUAAAGCUGGAAUCAAGAUCUGGGUGUUGACCGGUGACAAGAUUGAAACCGCUAUCAAUAUUGGAUUUGCUUGUAAUUUACUUACGAAGGAUAUGUUACUUCUCAGUGUCAAUGCUCAUGAUGAAAAGGAAACAUUGGAACAAUUACGUAGCUCUCAACAACAAGUGAAUGAAGUGGCUGGACAACAAAAAUGUGCUUUAGUCAUUGAUGGUGAAUCACUCAAGUACGCUUUGGAAGCACCUGCAAAAGAAGAACUACUUCGAUUAGGUACUCAAUGUAUGGCUGUGGUAUGCUGUCGUGUCAGUCCUAUGCAAAAGGCAAAGGUAGUUAACCUGGUCAAAAAAGGUUUAAAGGUGAUGACGCUUUCCAUUGGUGAUGGUGCAAAUGAUGUGUCUAUGAUUCAAGAAGCAAAUGUUGGUGUUGGUAUCUCCGGUGAAGAAGGUCGUCAAGCUGUCAUGGCAUCUGAUUAUGCUAUUGCCCAAUUCCGUUAUCUUAGCAAGCUUCUACUUGUUCAUGGUCGUUGGUCUUACUUGAGAACUUCAGAAAUGAUUUUGACCUUUUUUUAUAAAAACAUCAUGUGGACAUUGGUUUUGUUUUGGUAUCAACUGUUUUGUGGGUUUUCUGGUACGAUGAUGUUUGAUUAUUCUUAUAUUACAUUAUAUAACCUGGUGUUUACAUCUUUACCUUGUAUUUUUGCUGGUGUAUUGGAUCAAGAUUUAAAGGCGGAAUAUUCGUUCAAGUUCCCACAAUUGUAUCUCAUGGGCAUUCGAAAUGACAAAUUCAAAACUUCAAGAUUCUAUUUGACUGUAUUUGAUGCAAUCUAUCAAUCAGCCAUCUGUUUUGGUAUUCCUUACAUGCUAUUUAUUGUUGGCAAAAUGAAUAGACAUGGCUAUGAUACGGAAGGUGUGUACGAACUUGGUACUUUUAUUGCUGGUAUUGCUGUGGUUGUAGCGAAUGCAUUGGUAGGCUUUACAAUCUUUAGUUAUACAUGGGUCAUGGUCUUGGUUAUUGUGGUCUCAUCAGCAACCUUUUUUAUUUGGACUGGUGUUUAUGCUCAAUUCCUGACAUUCAAUUUUUACGGUGAAGAUAUUUUGUUUCGCGAUGGUUCUUUCUGGCUAUGCUUGGUGAUUACCUUUGUGAUUUGUAUGUUACCACGUUUUGUUACGAAAUAUUAUUUACAUAUGGAUCAACCUUUCGACAAUGAUAUUGUACGUGAAUUAGUUUUAUGUAAUAACGACCAGUCGCCAAGACGUGCUUCUUAUUCCCACUUUACUGGAUGGAAAUCCUUCAAAGGCAAACAACAACGACGAAAAACGUUGAUGCAACUGGAAGAAGAAAUACCCAUUACACUGGCACGAACACAAAGCGAUCAAUCAAGUGCAGUUGCUCUACGAGGAGCCUUCCAUCAUCAAUCUCAGUUCAACAAUCACAACGAUCGAUUUAUUGAUGAAGCAACAAUGACAAUGAUGGAAGCAGAAUAUGAUAAUGUAUAUCCAUUGACAGAACCAUCACCAGCACAUUCUCGACUUGACCGAACAGGCACUGGUGUCUCUGGUAAAAGUGAAAUCAUGUAUAUGCGAUCAGGGAAACGAGCUUCUUUUACAGGUUUUGCUUAUUCAUCGGACGAUGCAAGUGCUUUUGAUGCCUUUAGAAAAUCGGUUUAUCGUGGACGGCGACGAAGUAGUGGAUCAGAUCAAUUACAACAACAACAUCGGCUACGCAACUCAUACGCUGGCGUUGUGGGUGGCUCUACUCAUUUAGAAACUGCCAAUUCCUCUUCUACAAUAGGUAAAGAACAAGAUUGGAUGCCUUUGGAUGGAUUUCGAUUGCGAAGAUACGAAACUGAACCUGAUCCUCAUCAUAUCACAAAAAAAGCUUCACCAAGCUGGGUCCGUGCUGUGAAACAACGAAUGGCGACAUCGAAAAAUUCUUCUGUGGAUCAUGAAUUGGUGGAUAUCUCAAGUUAAAUUUAGUUCCUCUUUUCUUUUUCUCUUUUUUUUUUUUUU